AUGCAGAUUUUCGUCAAAACUUUAACUGGAAAGACUAUAACUCUUGAAGUUGAGCCUAGCGAUACGAUAGAGAAUGUUAAGGCUAAGAUUCAGGAUAAGGAAGGUAUUCCUCCAGACCAACAAAGAUUAAUAUUUGCUGGGAAGCAAUUAGAAGACGGUAGGACCUUGAGCGACUACAAUAUCCAAAAGGAAAGCACACUUCACUUAGUUUUGAGAUUAAGAGGAGGUAUGCAGAUUUUCGUCAAAACUUUAACUGGAAAGACUAUAACUCUUGAAGUUGAGCCUAGCGACACGAUAGAGAAUGUUAAGGCUAAGAUUCAGGAUAAGGAAGGUAUUCCUCCAGACCAACAAAGAUUAAUAUUUGCUGGGAAGCAAUUAGAAGACGGUAGGACCUUGAGCGACUACAAUAUCCAAAAGGAAAGCACACUUCACUUAGUUUUGAGAUUAAGAGGAGGAAAAGUUAAAGUUACCGACUACUAA